AUGUCAAGAAUAAUUUUAUUUUUAUUGGCAACACCAGUUAUUUCAUCAAUUGGUGAUAAUUUACCAGAAUUUAAAUCAUGUUUAAUAAAUUGUGAUUGUGAUAAGAUUUCAGAAUAUUUAUUUUGGACUUGUGAUGAAAAUUGUAAUUAUUAUUGUCAACAAUAUAUAACAAAUUUACGUGUUGAAAAAGGUUUAAAAAUUGUACAAUUCUAUGGUAAAUGGCCGUUUAAAAGGUUAUUUGGAGCUCAAGAAUUUUUUGCAACCUUGUUUUCAUUUGGUAAUUUAUUGGUAAAUUAUAAUAAUUUUAAGAAAAUCUAUCUUCAAUAUAAAAGAAAUGAUAAUGAAUAUAAAAUUCUAUAUCAACAAUAUUUGAUUUUACUAGGGAUAAGUUGUAUUGGAUGGUUAUUUAGUAUCUUGUUUCAUUAUAAAGAUACUUCGCUAACUGAAACAUUAGAUUAUUUUGGUGCAUUUGCAAUAAUACUAUCAAAUUUAAAUGCAAUUACAGUUAGAGUUUUUAAGUUUGACAAGCAAAAGAUUAUAAUAUGGCAAAUACUAUUGAUACUAUUGUAUCUACUUCAUGUUGUUAAAUUACAAAUCAAAUGGGACUAUUCAUAUAAUAUGAAAAUAAAUAUAGUUGUUGGUAUAUCAGCAAUGAUUUUAUGGAUUUAUCAUUCAUUAAAAGUAUACAAAGAAUAUAAAAAGAAUUAUAUAAUUUAUAACAAUUCAAUUCAGUUACUACCUUAUGAAACUAAAUUACUUAACAAAUUGAAUUAUUUAUCAAUUUCAAAUAAAUGGAUAACAUUAAUCCCCAUUUUAAACAAUUUAAUACUAUGCAUUGGAAUAAGUUUAGAAACUAAUGAUUUUCCUCCAAUUGCAAGAUAUAUUGAUGCUCAUUCAUUAUGGCAUUUUAUUACAAUAUUUCCAAAUUUAAUUUGGUAUGAUUGGAAUAUUUGGGAUAUAGAAAUGUUAAAGUUAACAAAUAAAUUAUAA